AUGGACGAGAUGAAAGAAGCUUGUGAUCCAUGGACAAGCGUCUUCACAUCUGAAAGCGAUUCCAGCAGAAGGGCCAAAAAAAAUUUCAGCACCAAUUUCAAAAUUCAAAGAUUGAUAUUUUCAUUUGGAGAUGAUUUUCUUGGGGGUGAAAGACAAUCUUUUUCUAACAUGUGA